AUGUCCCUUGCUGUCCGAGGCAGACGACGCCCGCUGCAGGAGCUGCUCCUCCCCAACGGCAAAAGGAUAAUCGUGACACUUCCUGAAGAUCUCGAGGACAUUCGCCGCCAGUACCUGAACGAUGAACAUGCCCAAGUGGAGGUGAUUGUUCAUGGCUCUCUGGAGCACAGCGAAUACCUUCGCCAGUCCCGAGACCAUCACGAGGAGCGUCGGCAGCUCUUGCGGGAGCAACACGGUCCUGCCUUUGAAGAAUGGGAACUCGUCCACAGCCAACUCGCCUCGGUGAAUACAGAGCUAGAGCGUCUAGAAAACCACGCGUCAGGGCUUUAUGGCAAUUUUGGCAAGUUUGGCUACGACGCUGCUGUGCGGACUUACAGCGAUGAAGAUCCGCCAAUUCCUUCUUCUCACACGUCAAUAUCUGGCAGAGUUCGAGGGCAGCAUGGCCAGGAGGCAGAGCGUCGCGGAGAAACGACCAAGUUGUUCAAGCGGCCAGUUAUAAGGCAGUGGUUCCAUCAGGGUCUGCUAUGGAGAGCGUCAGAGCAGACGGAAGUCAUGGCUAUUGAGCUCUUCCUGGAUCUCGUAUACGUCGGCAUCAUUCAUUCCAACGGGGAGCACAUGGCGGAAGAAGCGACAGCACGCGAACUACUUCGAUUCGUCAUCACGUUCGUCAUGACCUGGAAGAUAUGGACAGACAUAACCCUCACGCUCAGCUGGUUUGAGACGGACGACGUGGUCACCAGGCUGGAGAUUUUGUUCUGCAUGUCAUGUCUCAUCGGAUUCACUACAAACAUGACCCAUAUUCUUGUCGAAGAUCCUGCACACAAUACCUAUGUGCAGCUUGUGUCUUUCUACCUCGCCACACGCAUCUCAACCGCAGUCUUUUAUGCCAUUGCUGCCUGCCUUUUGCCCAUGGUCAAGGGCGCCAUGCUGUUCCAGAUAAUGGGCAUUGUCGCCCCGACUGCUCUAUGGAUCGCCAGUAUCCAUGUCAACAUGCCCGGUCGUCUGGGGUUCAUCAUCCCAGCAUUGGCUCUCGACAUGUACAGCCAAGUAUUCUCCAUCAGGUUAUUCAGAUACGGCCAAGGGCAGGCCCCCGAGAGCAGGUGGAAGCAGCGGCUCGGUCGCAUGUUUGAGUUUUAUCCCGCCAUUAGCAUUGAGCAUCGAGUCGAAAGGAUGAAUGCGUUCGUGUCCCUGGUUCUUGGCUACUCGGUCGUUGCCAUCCUGUUCCAGAGCGAUGGUGGCUACAACAUCAAUGCCUUUCUGGGGAAAGCCAUACUGGCUCUGAUGCAGGCGUUUACGUUCAACUGGAUCUACUUUGACGUCGACGGCAGCGGCGUCAGUCUGCAUGCCAUUCGACGCUCUGCAGUCACUGCCGGCCUAUGGGACAUUGCUCACCUGCCGUUCAUCAUGGGUUACAUUGUGGCCACAGCAGCCCUCUCGAGGCUCGUCUUAGCCACCGACGUGCCAAACACCAAUCCAGGGCAGCUCGCAGUGUCUUACCGAGACAGCGCCGAGGAUCAGUUCGGCUCCGGCGUGCGUUUCUUCUACUGCCACGGCCUGGCCAUUGCUCUUCUUUCGAUGGCAGCCAUCUCCUUUUCCCAUGAGCACAAGAAGCCGCCAACCCUUCGGCUGCACAAGAAUACUCGGCUCGCCAACCGCAUCGUUGCUUGUUUCAUCAUGUUCUUCUUGCCUAUGGCGCACUCGCUUCGAUCUCUUGAUCUGAUCUCUAUUACCUUGGGCUUGUCGAUAUGGGUGCUCAUCGUGGAGCUUUGGGGGAAGUCGUGCACAGAUGACCCCUUCAUCGGCGAGAAGGAUGGCUGUUGCAUUACGUACCAUGCAAACUGCAAGAAAGAUGACCUCAAGAGGGUAAAUAAUUCAAAUAGGAAGCAGAUGAAUAGUGAGGUGCUGGAGCUAGGUAGAGGAGAUAAAUCUGCUGUUUAG